GAGCGGGUUUAGGGUUUUGAAUCCAGGCUGGUAGCGUGUGUAGGUGUGCCGAGUUUAACGUUCGCCGUCGGGAAACUUGCCAAAAGUUACACCCACUGUUCUGCUCCAGCAGCCUGCUUCUCUUCGCCCUGCUUUAAGCAACAUUUUCAACCCCAUACCCGUUUGACUUUUUCAAAGAUGUCUCUGAGAGAGAAAAGUGAUGAGGAGAUCAGCGAGUUGCUUGCUGAGUACGGCAUCAAACAUGGACCCAUAGUCGACUCGACUCGAAGGCUGUAUGAGAAGAAGCUUGAAGAGGCCAUGGAGAACACUCCAGCACAGCCCUCAUCUGACAAGACCUACUACAGAGAGGAAGAGGAGGAGGUCACCUACAUCACAUACCACACACCGGUUAGACAAGAGGUGUAUUCAGAAACGCUGAAACGAAGAGGCCAUGCCGAGCCAGAGGAAGAGGAGGAGGAGGAAGAGGAGGGGGAGGAGGAAUCAGAUCAGGAUACAGAGCCCCCCAUCCAGAGCAGUAAAACAACAGCCAAUCACAGUGCGGUGCGAUCCAGGGAGCGAUCCAAGGAGCAAUCCAGGGAACGAUCCAAGGAGCGAUCCAAGGAGCCCGUCAGGAAGUCUGGAAGCUGCAUGUGGAAGUUUAUUAGGCUGCUGCUGCUGUUAGCCGUGCUAGCAGCUGCCGGCUACUUCGUCUACUACCACGUGCUCAACAAUGAAGAAAAUCCUUUUGGGAUUCAAUUCUCAGAUUAAUUGUUAGGAUGUCAGGGUUUUUUUAACCAUUCCAUUUCUACUCCAUUACUGUCAGUAGUAAAGAGUAAUGUUUGUUGCUCAUUCCAAUGCAAAGUUUGACCACAAUCUGUAAACUUUUGUAAAGGCUGGUGAUAUUCUAUCUUUCUUAGUGUCACCAAAUCCAAUGAAAUUAUAAAAAGACAGACAAAUUAUAGUCUGUGUAUCCAAAGCCGAGAAUAUCUUAUUUCUCAGUGUAAGCAGUGUUUGCCCAACCAUUACAUAGGGGUGAUUAAUGUCAUUCAUUCAUCCAUUUUAAGGCUGAGGCCGGAGGCAUUAUGUUUUCUGGUUGUACGUACUUCAAGGCUUGGGCGGUGUCUAACAUCAUACCUUCCUGAAAUUUUAAAGGGGUAUACAGUAUAUGACAGUAUAAAUGUGCUGCGCUAAAUGUGCUGUGCAUACAAUGAGUUUAACAGAAAGAGGAGCACCUGGAUCUAUGACAGUACUGAUAAACAUACCCUCGGGAUUUCUACAUACCCUGGUAUGCCGUAAUAUCAUGAUACUGCACGAGUCUAGUAUGUACAUAUUUUCGUCCAUCUGUCCCAUUCACAUAGAUGUGAUAUCUCAGCAACUAUUUGAAGGAAUUUCUUCUAAUGUGGCACACACGUCACUAUGGACAUAAUGAUGAAUUCAUGAGAUUUUGGUGGUUAUAGGUCAAGGUCAAUGGGAACUUGCAUCUGUCUCAUUCUUGUGAUAUCACAAGAAGGC